CCCCUUAUAUUCAUGAGAAAAUUGUAAGUACGCGGACGAACCGCGCAAGGUAACGAACGUAGCUGAGCAAUAACAAUGCCACUGCCAACGGUCGUUUCCCCAUUUUCUUCUUCCUCAGGCACCUUCUUAUCCACAGUUACCGCGCGCUCUUCACUCCCUCCAAAACGCAACGUCUCCCCUUCCCCUUCCCCCUUCUCCACUCUCUCUCGCAGAGACAUUGCUCUGCUUUCCUUCUUCUCCCUCUCCCUCUCAGCACCAUCCUCCGCCAUCGACAUUGGCAUCUCAGGACCGAAGGAUUGGCUGAAAGAGCAAAAAAAGAAGGCCUCCAAGUACCUAUUGGCCCCCGUCGAUGCCUCCCGCCAAAUCCUUCGCUCUGCCUAUCUCACGCUCACGGAAACUGACGCUGCUUAUACGGAUGAGGAUUUGGAGAAGAUGCAGCAGCUCUUUAUAUCUGCUGCCAGGGAUUGCGUCCCACAGGACCGGAAUUCUUUCGUCACUCUCCAAGCCAACACCGGAGUAGAGGUGUGCACCUUUCGAUUGAUUGUGAAGAAUGCAGCUUCGUUGCUUGGAAAUAAGGAUCCUGUAAAGUUGAAAGCCGAAGCUUUGCUAGAUAAUCUUAUAAGAUCUUUCACCUCUGUCAGUGGGCUGGCAAGCGAAACCAACAUUCAACUUGCAUCAGAUAGGAAAAAGAUAGCUGAUGCUGUAUCAGAUACCAUAUCUGAUCUUGACAAAUUUGAGCAGGGAAUCAGGGAUUGCCUUGAAACCUAACUCUAAAGGAUAGCCUAGCCUACUUUUUUAUGUGGAAAGUUGGCCAUUAAAUAUCAUGCAAGGAAUCUAUUGGUUUAAUCACCAAUUUUCUGUUAUCACCGGUGUGCUGUCUGCCGGGAAUAUCAAAAUGCUUUUGCCCUACUUAAAUUACUUCUUAUUAGUUCUCUCAAUCUAAAAUCUGUGAGGACUCUGUCAAUAUGUAUCUGAUACUCUUUUUCAAUGCAUUCAAUCCUAUGGAUCAUUUCAUAGAGGAAAUGCACAGGCUCUUGAUAGCUUUAUCCUUUUGAUAUUACGGGGUGUGUUCAUAAUUUGCACAUACUGAAUAUGUAAUAACUAAUAAACUUUGGUAAUUUCUUAAACAAAGGUAAAUGCUAGGAUGUUCUGAAAUGAUUUCUUAAAAUCAGUCAAAAAAUGUAUGUAUUUUUACAUUUUCCUUAAA